AGUAAUGGAAAACAUAAAGUGUGAAACGUAUUCCCUAAAAUUAGCUCAUCUGUUUUGCUUGUUUAUGUUUUUAUUUCAACUUGCUCUUUGAUUUUUAUUUUUUGAUAAAUUCAUCAAAGUCUGAAUAAUUCGCCUUAUUCAAAGGUCAAUGAUAAGUAUUUCAAAUUGGCAUUUGAACGGAGAAGUGAAGUUGAUUCGGCUGAAUUUAAAAUAAAAAUAUUUCAAGUUCUGUGGAGGGUAUUUCAUGUCAGGAAUAAUAUCUAGUGGCUAAGACAGCUGUGAGACCCCAACAAAAUGGGAAUCAAUUACAAAAUUACUUCAAAAUUAGCUAAACAAGUUCAAAGGGCGACUCGGUCGUAUUCCGAUCAAUUUCCAAAAAUAACAACCCAUUAUACCAUUCAUCCAAGAGAAACAGAUCCAAGAUGGAAAGAGGUAAAUAUGGAAAGGUUCGCAGACGAAACAGACAUACUGAUAGUUGGAGGUGGCCCAGCAGGUAUGAGUGCUGCUAUCAGGGCCAAACAGUUAGCUGAUAAAGAUGGAAAAGAACUCAGAGUCUGUUUAGUGGAAAAAGCGUCUGAAGUUGGUGGGCACAUACUCUCUGGAGCUGUGAUUCAGCAUAAUGCCUUGGACGAAUUGAUUCCCGAUUGGAAAGAGAAAGGAGCUCCCCUCAAUACUCCUGUAACAAAAGAUAAAUUCAGUUUUUUGACAGCUACGGGGAGAAUAAAUUUUCCAGUGUUCAGAGGUCUUCCAAUGGAUAAUCACGGCAACUACAUAGUCCGUCUAGGUCACGUUGUGAAGUGGCUAGGGGAACAGGCAGAGGCUCUCGGCGUGGAAAUAUACCCUGGUUAUGCAGCUUCUGAGGUUUUGUACCAUCCUGAUGGUAGUGUGAAAGGUAUAGCAACCAACGAUGUUGGCAUUGCGAAAGAUGGAAGCCCUAAAGAUAAUUUUGAACGCGGCAUGGAGUUGCAUGCUAAGUGUACAAUAUUUGCCGAAGGGUGUCAUGGGCAUUUAGCGAAACAGAUCAUCAAUAGGUUCAAAUUGAGGAGUAACUGUGAACCACAAACGUAUGGUAUAGGUUUGAAGGAAGUUUGGGAAGUGGAUCCGGCAAAACACCACCCAGGUCUUGUGGAACAUACUUUUGGUUGGCCUCUGGAUUUCCAUACUUAUGGAGGAUCUUUUGUAUAUCAUCUCAACGAACCAACACCACUUAUAGCGGUUGGUUUCGUGGUAGGACUCGACUAUAGUAACCCAUAUCUCAGCCCCUUCAAAGAAUUCCAGAGGUUCAAGCAUCACCCAUCUGUCAAAGGUUAUUUCGAAGGAGGAAACAGGAUAGCUUAUGGGGCACGUGCCUUGGUCGAAGGAGGGUUCCAAAGCAUUCCAAAGUUGACUUUCCCUGGUGGAUGUUUAGUAGGAGAUACUGCAGGUUUUUUGAAUGUUCCCAAAAUAAAAGGCACACACAAUGCAAUGAAGAGUGGCAUGCUUGCCGCCGAAAGCAGUUACGAAGCCAUCACUGGAGAAAAACAAGAAACCGAAGGGUUCGAACCGAAAUCCUAUGAGGAUAAAAUAAAGAGUAGCUGGAUAUGGAAAGAACUGAGAGGUGUCAGGAACAUCAGGCCAAGUUUCCAUAAUCCGCUUGGACUUUACGGUGGGCUGAUGCAUAGUGGAUUAUCUGUAGUGUUGGGAGGAAGGGAACCAUGGACGUUGAAACAUGGCGAACCUGAUCAUAAACGACUAAAACCAGCCAAAGAAUGCAAACCCAUAGAGUACCCGAAACCAGACGGUAAAAUUAGCUUUGACUUACUCACUUCAGUGGCCUUAACAGGGACCAAUCAUGAGGGCGAUCAACCCGCUCAUCUCACUCUUUUGGACGACUCUGUUCCGGUGAAGACAAACUUGAGUAUGUUUGAUGGUCCGGAGGGGAGAUUUUGUCCGGCAGGAGUGUAUGAGUAUGUGCCCCUGGAGGAAGGCGAGGGCCAAAGACUGCAGAUAAAUGCUCAGAACUGCAUACACUGCAAGACCUGCGACAUUAAGGAUCCUACUCAGAAUAUCAACUGGGUAGUUCCAGAAGGAGGUGGCGGACCAGCUUAUAAUGGAAUGUGAUUCCAGUGUGGAAUAUUAGGCGGCAGCGCAGUUUCUAGGUCUACAAUGCUCAAAUAGUGGAAUUAUACAUAAAAAUCUACAAAUUAUAUAUUUAUUGUUGUUUUUCUAUACAUAUUUUUCAGAACAGUCUAGCCAGUUUAAUAAAUGUUUUUAUUGUU